AUGCGUCUGAACACAGUCCUUGGGCUGAUGCCCGCCCUCCUCGGGGCCCAUUCGCUUGCCUACGAAGUCCAGACUCCUCCGUUAGACACAGACUGGACCUACAAGGUCGGGACAAACCCCUGGCCGGAAUACCCGAGACCUCUUCUCCAGCGCCCAACGUGGCAGAAUCUGAACGGGGUGUGGAAAUGGAGGGCUGCUGGUGCAGGCGAGGGUGCCAUGCCACCGCUCAACGAAACCCUCACACAGGACGUCCUGGUCCCCUCCUGCUUGGAGAGUGGUCUCUCGGGCGUUCAGCUUCUUAAUCAGACGUAUUCGUGGUUCGCCAGAGACUUUACCGUGCCGCCCGAUUGGUCCAAGCAAGAUGGCCGGAUCAUACUCAACUUCGAGGCGGUCGAUUAUGAGGCCACCAUUUUCAUUAACGGUAGGCAAGCAGGGUUCAACAGAGGAGGAUAUUGGCAUUUCAGCGUCGAUGCCACCGACUACCUAAGUGUAAAUGGCACCAAUAAGCUCCAUGUUUUCGUCUACGAUCCCACGGAUACGCCAGGCGUAAACAUUCCAAUUGGAAAACAGACGAGAACUCCCAGCCACAUCUUCUAUCGUUCAUGCACCGGACUUUGGCAGACCGUCUGGAUGGAGUGGGUGCCCAGCACUUACAUCAGCGGUGUGGAGAUUGCUGCCGGCAUGGACGGUCAAGUCAACAUGACCGUAAGCGUCAACAGUUCUGCUGGAUACCCCGAGACUGUGUCUGUCUCGGUCAUCAGCGCGGACGGCGACGUCGUGGCGUCGCACGAUGCUCCCCCAAAUGCACCUUUCGAUUUUGUAGUCGACUCGCCCGAACUAUGGUCUCCGGAAAAGCCCACGUUGUACAACAUCACAAUCAAGACCGGGUCGGACGAGGUAACGAGCUACACAGGGUUUCGGACAGUUUCCAGAGGCAAGGUCAACGGCAUUGAGCGACCAUUGAUCAAUGGGGAGUUUUCGUUCCACUUCGGGACCCUCGACCAGGGUUUCUGGCCGGAUGGUUUGUAUACUCCGCCAAGCGUGGAAGCUAUGGUGUACGACCUGAAGGUCUUGAAGGGUCUCGGCAUGAACAUGUUGAGGAAACACAUCAAGGUUGAACCUGCAUUGUUCUACCGAGCCUGCGAUGAACUCGGUCUGCUUCUUAUCCAGGAUAUGCCGUCUCUCCAAGCCAGUGGAAAUGUGAAGCCAAAUGCCGCGCAGCAAGCUGAAUUCGAACGACAGUUCGAUAUCCUUAUCAACCAGCACAAGUCAUACCCCAGCAUCUACACAUGGGUGGUUUACAAUGAAGGAUGGGGCCAACUCCUCAACAAUGGCACCUAUCCAGAGGAAGGCCUUACGGCCAGGGCACGUGAAUUGGACCCCACUAGACUAGUCGAUGCGACGAGUGGAUGGUUUGACCAUGGCUACGGCGACUACUCUGAUAACCACCAUUACGCCAACCCGCAAUGUGGCUCGCCCUUCUACAGCAUCCAAUCAAGCCCAUGGGAUCCCAGCAGAAUAGCCAUCCAAGGCGAGUUUGGAGGUAUUGGACACAACGUCUCCAUUGAACAUCUUUGGAAGGUUGAACAGGCAAUCCUAGAGCUCAAUCAGACCUACGAACUUGAUGCCGACCUUGACGCCUAUAACUACCGGGCUCACAGACUACUAGAUGAGCUUCGUGAGCAAGUGGAGUUCUACGCAUGCAGUGGGGCCAUUUGGACUCAGACUACAGAUGUGGAGGGCGAAGUUAACGGAUUGUUGACAUAUGAUCGCCGAAUUCUUCGGCCAAACGAGGACCAAUGGAAGGCUGAUAUCCAAGCCCUCUAUGACACCGCCCAAUCGAGGAACGAGGGGAACAUGGUGGUUCAGAAGAUGCUCAGGUAA